AUGAAGAUCUUGGAGGGCUUGGAGGAGCCGGGGUACUACGAGCUGAGCGACAUGGUGAAAGCCUGGACUGGGCAUCAGCCUGUCCCGGAGUACGUCUCGUUUGCGAUGCAAGAUGAUGUUCGCAGCUGGCGUGCUGUGGCAGCGAGAGCGCCAGCGGAGGUAGGGAGAUGUUUGUCGUCAGAUCCGGGUGAUGCAAAAGGGCCGGCCACGGUUCAGUGCAUCUUCGCAGUCCAGGGCGAUUGUCGACACAGAACAACAUCGUGGCAUCCAAGAUGCAGACAUGGUGGACAUGCCUACGAAGCUGCUUUCGCACCAGGUUGA